CAUCUCGAGCUCAUCCAAAUAUAAAAUCAACUCCACCAUCAAAUUACUUUCCUUUUCGAUAUUGACACACACACACACACACACACACCCCUACACCCCUCUGCUGAGACGUUUGGCUGGCCAUUUGAUCCGUGCCUAUCAACCAUAUCAAUCUCACCUUCCAAAGGGUCAUUGCCAACAAACACAGAUACAGAUACAGAUAGCCUUGUCGUUCAGUUCCACCAUCAAGCCCGAAUAACUUCAUACAAUCAAACAAUACACUUAUAAUUACACAAAUCUCCUUUGCUCAAUAUUCUCUUGAUUCCUUUCGACAGACCUCUAAAGUCUUUACCAUCCCAAAAAUCUACAGGAUGUCUCAUCAAGGUAUGCAAGUAUUGGUUUAACCACUUUUGGUCUUUCAUGUACUCGUAAGGCUACAGCCAUGACCUUGCAAUUCCCCGUUCCCCAUUCUCCAUUCCCCUUUCCCCAUAAUAUCUGCAGAGUUCUAUAUUUGCAUGUCUCCUGAUGCCAUUUCAUGCAUAUGCCUUCACUAUCACUUGCUUUCACGGAUAUUGAUACUAAACCUUUCUUAGUAAACAUUCACAUCCAUCACGACCCCAUCACCGCAGAUGAAACCCGUCUGACCGACAGAGUAAUCAACCUGAAUCCAACACAAAGGGUAUUGCAGAUAGGGAGAGCUUCGAAGAGUCCUAUCAAAGGUCUCGCAGGUGCUACCAAUAAUGCCUGGUUUGAUAGCCCUGUCAUGUCUCGAAACCAUGCCGAGAUUCUCUAUAACCCAUCUGACAAUGUAAGAUUCUUCUAUUCACAUAAGAGGUCUGCUCAUACUUACUUCUUUAGGUCAUCCAAAUUCGAGACAUAGGUUCGAUGCAUGGCACUUUUGUCAAUGGAGAAAAGUUGGAUAAUGAAGCCAAAGCUCUCAAGAUAAACGAUCGAAUUGUCUUUGGUAUUACUGUCAGGCGUGGUAUGGAUAGUUUCCCGCCAUGUCAUUUCAACAUCAACUAUGAAGUACUUCCUUGGAAGUAAGUAUGGCUUAAAAUUAUUCUGCUUUGCACAUUCUGAUCUAUUUUUAUAGGAAACCCCAUAGUUAUGCUGUACCCGAUUCCUCCGAUGACGAAGAUGAAGGCUAUAAUUACAGUGACGAGGACAUGUCUGAAGGGGUUUCAAGUCAGGAUGGUGCAUCUAUCAAAAUGAUUCGCUGUAGUACCGUGGCUCAAUCGAUUGAUGCUAUUGAUCUGACUGGGGACGAUAUCCCGGGCCAUAAAUUUGAGUCUACAGAACCUUCCUACAUUCCGGCGGCUAGGAAACCUGAGGAACAAGAAUUCGCUCCCAAGUCACCAGUUCUAGACAGCCCCAUGACAGGUGAUAACACUGUUAUCAUAAACUCGAAUCCAAAGUCAAACUAUAGAAAUGACCGCCGUCAAGAGAGAACUUUCAAAUUCACUUACAGCUACAAGAGCGAUGACGAUGAAGAUAUGAAUUUGGCAACUUCUGACUUGGGCUGUUCGGAUUUGGAGAAUGUUUGUGACCGUGAUGAAGAUGAUGAAGAUUCCGAUUCAUCUGAGGACUCGAACGGUAGCGUUUUCGCAACCAAGAAACCCGUUACACUCGAUGAGAUCCCUUCUUCGUUCCCUUCGGUGUACUCAUCGCGUGUAUCUUCUCCUGUUCAUCGGGCCAGCAAAUUUACAGCUCUAUCCUCACCUGGGCUUUCCGCUAAUCGCCCAGCAAACGAUCCCCUGGGUCUGUUCGAUAAUGAGAAUAUUCCUGAAUCUCAUGUUCGGACACAAAUUCAUACUUCUGAAGAAGUUGUAGCUCUUGGUGGACAUGGUAGUGAUGAGGAAGGUGACGACGAUGGAAGUGUCGGACUUUCUGAAGCUGCCGAUGAAGGUUUGCGAAUAUUAGUCAAAGAUGGUUUACUUGACGGUAAACCAGUCAAUACUCACUUCCAUUCAAGAGACCGUAUGGUUGAAGACAAUUUCUCCGAUGCUCGUCUAGAGUUUACUGCUCCCCGUCCCACCACUUAUGUUCAAGCUCCAAUGUGGUCUUCUUUCGAUCGAGAGGCUAGUCCUUCGGCGGUAGCAAUGGUAAAGGCACCCGGACCAUCUAAAGCGGAACAUUCUGUUGAUCAAACUUCCAAAAGCUCUUGGGAUUUAUCAAAGGGAAAAGCAUUUGCGAAAUCAUUGGGGAUCAAGAUUGGAAAGCAUGCUUUCUUUGAAGCCAGAGAAGACAACAAGAUGCAGUUUCAACCACAUGUUGAUAGGGAAGAGAAGCAAGGAAAUCAAUAUUCUCCAUCGCCAAUAUUCACAGAACCAGAUCACGCUGUCAAAUUCGGCCAACCUUUGGUACAAUUCACGCAACCUAUACAUACACAGCCCAUGAAAUAUCACGGCAAUGGUAUUGACCAUGGUUUCAUGAUAAAAGACCAUUCUAUUUCAGGAAGUGAAAUUAAAGACCGGGAGCACAAUAUCGAUGAACCGCAUACACAUGCAUUUGAAGCUGCUAGUGGUCGGCUGUUCAAUUUUAAAUCUGCAGAAGAACGACGUUCGAUUCAUCCAUAUUAUUUUAGCUCAGAUGCCUCAUCAAGAGCUCCAGAGAGUCCAGCUUUGGAAAGACAUCCAGCUAGAUCUGGCCUUCGUAUUGAUGACAUUAUUGAUGGUUCUUCAACAUGUAGAAAGAGAAAGGCAGAUGAAAUCUCUGACGAUGAAGUUAUCGAAAGUGAAAUACGCAAAAAUGAGGUUCGAGAUUGGGCUUCUUCUGUCGUUGUACCUGAGAAGCCUGUAAUGGCACAAGAAGCUGUAUCCGAGGUUACACCAGAACAAUUUACCCCUCAAGCUACUCGUUCUGCUUUGGCCACUACAAAGAUCGAACUCGAACUUCGACCAAUCAAGAGACCCAAGAUGAAGAAGUUUGCGGAAGCUGUAGGAUACUUUGCUCUAGGAGGAGCCGCUGUUGGAGCUGGUUUGUUCUCAGCUCUUGUAGCUACAGCUCCGGAUUUUCUUUGAGUUUGAUAGUAUCCAUCACAAUUUUGGUUGAUUUGACAAUAUUUGUUACUUCAACAACACCAACAUGAAUUUAUCGAUGAUUCAUGAACAUUCAGGAUGGAUAAUGGAAACGGGGGUACGGAGAGAUAGCGAACGGAGUAUUACAACAAGACAGAAGUAGUGAAGCACUGGCGCAUUUCUUCUAACAUUGGCAGGUUACUGUUGCUACAUAUCUACGAAAGAUAAAUGGCGCUUUUUAAGGAUUUCGUGGCUGGAGUUUGAGGGACUUACGCUCUUGCUGGCAAUUUAUUUAUGAGGAUUAUGGGAUGGCUUGCGAUGGAUAAAGGUAUGCGAUGAUUGGCUUUAGGUGAGGAUGGGUAGGAAAGGGGAGUUUUUCAUAUCAAGACAUACAAUAUUUGAUUGACUUUAAGGCUUGUCCUCUCAUUUUUGCUCUUUCAGGAACAUGAUUUAAAUUAUUUGUGGUUUCGUUUAUUCGCCUUGGUUUUCUUCAAUACUGCGACUGUAUGUGAAGGAUAACUAGUCUGUUAGGGCAGGAAGCUCGAAAGAGCUGGUAGUAGCUAGGUAUUAUAAAUUCGAUCAGCAAAUA